GUAGGAGGACGGCUGGCUGGAGGGCCGCGCGGAAGGCGGGGUUGUGGAAGCGUCUGAGUGUGUGUGUGUGCGCGUGCACGUGUCUGUGUGUGACGUGGGACCUUGGAGACUGCAGUGAGAUUGGCAGGAGUAGUGUCUGUGGGAGGACAUUCAGUGGGUGUUGGGAUUGGGAGGGAAACAGGCCCGGUGGAGAAAUGCGCCUGGGUUUCCUGGGUUAUGGAUCCCUCAGUAAUUACGACAAGAGUGAGGAUGAACUUGGAGACCCUGGGAAAUUUCUAGAAACAAUCAGAAAAUAAACAUCGUACUUGCCAAUCAGAUAAAAAGAAUUGACUGUAGUGCAGAGUACUCCCCAAAUGAAAUGUAAAUAAAUGUAAAAUUGUGUCCCUGAUUAAAAAAUUAGACCUAACUAGUAAAGAUACAGUGCUGCUCACAAGUACAGAUGGCCUGGGUUCUGGUCUAAGCUUUGCCAACAACGAGCUGUGGGUCUCGGUAGGGCAUCUGGGCCUCAAUUAUCCAAUCCGCAGGGAACUGUCUGAACUUUGUCUCAGUGAAUUUCCUCAACUGCUAUCCAAGCCAGGCUCUGACUGGGUUGCGUCCAAGCCAGGCGUGGGGUGGGGCGGCAUUUGGGAGAGGGAACAUAAAAAUAUUCUGUCAGAAACGUGACAGAACUGUCCCAAGAUUGCAUUAGCCUGUAAACGAUGACGAGUCAUAGUUCUACCAGCUCCGUCAGUGAAAACUUCGUAUGUUUCUCAUCAAGGGAUAAACCUCCCACGAAACAUCUGAGUCAUCUACCCUUGCCCAUCCCCAAUCACUUUUAGUUGGUCUGUCCCGUGUCUCUGACUUAGAUGACCCUGGUUUCCAAGGCCAGCCACGUGGCCCCAUCCUUGGGGAUGACUGGGAGCUGGGCCCCUGACUCCCUGCUGCCCGGUAAUUGCACAUCUGGGCCUGGCUGGCUUGCCUACCUCCCCUGAGGAGGGCAGCCCUGAUUAUAGCCUCAGUAUCUCUGCCUGGGCAGCUCCCACCAGAAAGGCCUUCAACUUGCACCUGUCCCCAGAGGACUUUCCCCAGGGCCCCUUUUCUCCGGUUGCCCCCUGAAGGCUGACCUUCAUCUGGACGGGGGAAGGGCGAGCUUGGAGCUGCCUGCCCCAGGGCAGCCCGGUGCAGAAGAGACACCCACUUUGGGCUUAGUCAAGGGAACUUGCUCGCCCUGCUUUCCUUCCCUGUAAAAUGGAGAUCAUCGUUAUCUGUGGGGUGGCCACUCUCUCAGGACUGUGGUGAAGCUCAGCAUUGAAGAAAGUCUGGAAUUCGAAGAUGAAGGAUCCCAAGUCUAGACUGAAGAGCUUGACAAAGAAGAAUUCCUUCUGGAUCCACCGGGUCAACUGCCUGGGAACAGAGCCCCACAUGGCCAACUGCCAGGUGCAGGUGGCACCAGCCCAGGGCAAGCUGCGGCCGGCCUGCCCGGGGGGCAUGCACGCUGUGGUCAGCUGUGUGGCAGGGCCCCACUUCCGCCCUCUGAAGGAGAAGCCCGGGAGCAAGGAGUCCUGGGCAGAGGAGACGAGGGUGCGCCUCCGCUCGGGGGCCCAGGUGGGCGAGGGCCGGGUGGAGGUGCUCAGGAACCGCCGGUGGGGCACGGUCUGCGACCACGGGUGGAACCUCAUCUCCGCCAGCGUCGUGUGUCGUCAGCUCGGCUUCGGCUCUGCUCGGGAGGCCCUCUUUGGGGCCCAGCUGGGCCAAGCGCUGGGGCCCAUCCACCUGAGUGAGGUGCGCUGCGGGGGCUAUGAGCGGACCCUCAGUGACUGCCCCUCCCUGGAAGGCUCCCAGAGUGGUUGCCAGCAUGACAAUGAUGCUGCCGUGAGGUGCAACAUCCCUAACUUGGGCUUCCAGGAUCAGGUGCGCUUGGCCGGCGGACGCAGCCCCGAGGAGGGGGUGGUGGAGGUGCAGGUGGACGUGAACGGGGUCCAGCGCUGGGGGGCUGUGUGCAGCGACCACUGGGGCCUCAGCGAAGCCAUGGUGGCCUGCCGACAGCUUGGUCUGGGCUUUGCCAACCAUGCCAUCAAGGACACCUGGUACUGGCAGGGGACGCCGGGGGCCGGAGAAGUGGUGAUGAGCGGGGUGCACUGCUCAGGCACAGAGCUGGCCUUGCAGCAGUGCCAAAGGCACGGGCCGGUGCACUGCUCCCACGGUGCAGGGCACUUCUCAGCCGGAGUCUCCUGCACAGACAGUGCUGCAGACCUCGUGCUGAACGCCCAGCUAGUGCAGGAGACGGCCUACCUGGAGGACCGCCCGCUCAGCCAGCUGUACUGUGCCCAUGAAGAGAACUGCCUCUCCCGGUCCGCUGACCGCAUGGACUGGCCCUACGGACACCGGCGCCUCUUGCGCUUCUCCUCACAGAUCCACAACCUGGGCCGGGCCGACUUUCGUCCCAAGACAGGACGCCACAGCUGGAUUUGGCACCAGUGCCACAGGCACUACCACAGCAUUGAGGUCUUCACCCACUAUGACCUGCUCACUCUCAAUGGCUCCAAGGUGGCUGAGGGGCACAAGGCCAGCUUCUGUCUAGAGGACACAAGUUGCCCUACAGGAAUGCAGAGGCGCUACGCAUGUGCCAACUUUGGGGAACAGGGAGUGACCGUUGGCUGCUGGGACACCUACCGACAUGACAUUGAUUGCCAGUGGGUGGAUAUCACAGACGUGGGCCCUGGGGAUUAUAUCUUCCAGGUGGUUGUGAACCCCAAGCUCGAGGUGGCAGAGUCCGAUUUCUCGAACAACGUGAUGCGGUGCCGCUGCAAAUACGACGGGCAACGGGUCUGGCUGCACGACUGCCACACAGGGGACGCACACCGAGCUAACACAGAGCACUCCCCGGAACAGGAGCAGCGUCUCAGGAACAACCUCAUCUGAAGGCACCCCUGCGCACCCCCAGCUGCUGCCCACACACCAGAUACCUCAGCUUAUUGGAGCCAUGCCCUUCACAGAGCCCUAACUCAGAGGGUAAGGGGCCAGUGCCAAGGGGCACCAAGAACCAGCUCAGGAAGCCUUCUGAUGGCAAGAUCACCACACCAGGGUGGCACUGCUCCCUCAGGAUGGCUCUGGGUCUAUCCCCUGAGGGCCUUUGGUCUCUGGACUAUGGCCUUCGGACUUUGUUCAGCUGAGCUCCUCUUCCAUAGGAGACCCAGUCCUUCCCGGAUCUUGCCCCAGAGUUCAUGGUUCAAGAGCUAUCAGUUCCUUAGGAAUGGACUGUGGCCCAGUCCCCCAUCUAAAUGGUGCUUUGCAAAUGUCUUGGAGGAGGACCGAAAUACACAGGAGGAGAGGUCAGCUCUCUGCUAGGAGCUCUGUGCAACACAACUUGUAUCAAAGUCACAACUGGCAAAGAAGCUGGUGAAUUCAGUCCCUUGCUUGAUAGGUCCGCAUUUAGGAUUCAGCUACCAUACUCUCUAAGAGUCUGUUCUUUAGUGCCCUUACCUUUAUCCUACAGCACAUAUGGGUGUUUCUAAUAUCCCUGGAAGCUUAGGCCUCAGGCAUCCCCUUAUCUCCUGACGGGCCCAAACCACCAGUUACUGAGCGCUUGAGACGGGGCAAGAUUCACAGGAGUGGCCAGAUAUGGCCUUCCCGCAGAGCAGCAAGAGGAGGCCGAACAGGAAGAGUCCCGGGGUGCUGUGGACCCCAGCUGCUGCCAGGCCCUCUGCCAAGGGAAGAACACUUGCCCUGACCCCGGCAGGCAAGGUCACUGUGCGCCUCAGGACCGGCCUAAAGGUCGGGUCCCCCAGGCUUCUGGAGUGAAUUUUGCAUUGAAUAAAGUUUUGCAGUGGAAAGAACAUGGGUCAAACAGGCCGCUCAUCUCUGCAGGAAAAAGAAGACAGGUCUGGUAGAGUGGAGGACAGGAGACUACGGAGAGGUCAGAAGGGGAACAUUUAAUUUAGUUAAGGACUAAACCUAGGAAAGGCCACCAUCCCUGCUUGACCUGGCUGUUGGCAGGCCCUUGCUCAGAUGGUAUAAAAUCCCAUGGUCUUCCUGGACAUGAUUCUUAAUCCUGUCUCCACUAAGACACACUUGAGAGAUGAUCCUUACAGGUCUGAUGCCCUAAUGCCAAUAAAGGUUGCUCACUAUGGACUGCUACAAAGACAA